CGACCGUACUGAGGAUAAAACUACUAACGAGUAAAAUUCAUGUGGAGGCCAGUAAAGAAGAGUCAAAAAUCAUACUUUGCUUUUACUUUUCCGCAAAGAGGCACAAUUUAAAGAGAAAGUAGCAAAAUACAAUGCAAACCAGGUUGAUAAUAUAAAACUCUCACAGCUGGAAAAAAAAAAUGCAGGUUAUGUGCGUAAAAGUUAUGUGGUUCCCCAUUUGUUUUGUUUUGUUUUGUUGUUUUUACAAACAAAUGUAAGAAAAACAACUACAAUAAAAUAAUCAAAAAGCAUCACCUUCUGCGUGGUAACUUAUUAAUGGCCUUUAAUGCAGCACCAACUGACGCGGUAACCAUGGCAGCUGCCAUUCUCGGGAUAGCAAUGACAUCAAUACAGGACGAAAUAUUCAACAGCGUCCUCUCAGGAGACGUAGAAGACUUACAGCAGGUUCUGGAAAGUUACGAUGCUGCCGAAGAGUCAGAGGAGAUCAAUUUGUUUGGAAAAGUGGACGAGAUGGGAAGAAAUGCCCUUUUAGUCGCUUCCAUGCUCGGAAAGAGCAGCGUUGUCCGUGAACUGGUGAAACAUGGCGCCAAGUUGGACGAGCAAACCGUCAGAGGAGCUGACUUAAAGGCCAAGACCUUCAGAGAGGAGACACCUCUGGACCUGGCCAAGAGAUACUCCCAGACAGACUGCGUUGACCAUCUCACACAGGCUGAAAAGGAACUGGAAGCUCUUAUCGCUGCCGCAAAUGAUCCUACAGGCACAAAGGAGACUGAUGCAGCAAGUCACCUCACCCCAAGAUUAAAGCAAAGGAGAAGCACAAUUAAACGCUAAGUUUAGCUCCUAAUUUUAAGAACAUUAAUUAUAAACACAGUAAAAUAUUGGCAUCUAUCCGUCCAUUGUCUAUACCUGCUUGCCCCUGCAUAGUCACAGUGGGAGCUCCUAGCUCCAGUGGUCAUUGGGUAAGAGGCGGAGUACACCCUGGACAGGCUGUCAGUCCAUCACAGAGCAAUACAGAAGAAACAGCGCAGGGACAUUUUAGAGAGAGCAACUAAUCUAACAGUCGUGUUUGUGGACUGUAGGAGAAAGCUUGAGUACCAUGAGUACACACAGGCAUGCAUGUAAAUAUAUAAACAAGAUUUUUACUAAAAUGUUUGCUUUGAACACACUUUAAAACAGCAAAGAAAAAUGUGAUUACAGUUAAGAGUGCCUUUCAUAAUUAUUCAUCCACAUUCAAGUUCGUCCCAUUUUGUCCCAUUUUACCCACAAACUUUAUUGUUGUACUUAAAAAAAAUAUGGCUUUCUUUAAAAAAAAAAAAAAAAAUCUGGAAAGUGUAGCAAACGUCUCUUGAGCCGAUUUGUGUGAACAUGACUGUUUAAAUCUGGAUAAGAGACAUUUAACAAAAAGAAAUCAGAGUAGACAGCUCUUCCUUUCAUGCACACAGUUUAUUGGAAAUUCACAGAAGCAAAAUGAAUUACUCAUGGAAACUGUACAUACCGUUUACCAAAUGAGAAAAAAAAAAAAAGUCA